AUGAUAGAGCCGGUGUGGAGGGAUGGUAGAUGCGUUGGCAGCCUUGAGUGGAAUGUUGAGGGAGCUCACGGGAGGGCGACUUGGACGCGAAAGUUGAAACCAAGGCCGAGUGAACAGCAGAUAGAUGAGCCUGGGCAGACGAUGUUCAAGUGGCCCUUUGCCUCUUUGGGGAUGCGCGUUUUGUGCGGUGCAGAAUUCUCAGGUAUCAGAGUCAGCGACUCACCACUUUUUCUGCAGGAACACGGUGAUCGCACUGUCGUAUCUCGGUGGACAGCUACUGUGUUGGCACUGUCUGUUCAGGUUUCAUUUGCGUGCCUCAAGGGGCAGGCACCACAGGCACCCGACUUUGACACGCCAAACCGAGCGUGCCUGCACAAUGGAAGGCACGAAGGAAACUUGCAGUUCUUCGCCUGCCCUUUUUACAAUAGGAGAGGCCAAGGAGCAAUGGAACCGUUAAAGACUUGGACAUUAGAAAUCAUUGUUCAACCUUUCGUUAGAUUCACUAUGGUGGCAAACCUCAGCGGACAGCGUCUAUGGCGUCUCCCCCGCAUCGCGCUAGCCGCUAGUCGCAGCAAGAUCCACCUACCCAUGUCUGUUCCUGUCGAUCUGUCAGGCUGCACUCCAAGACAAGUCGUUGCCAGAGACUGCAGUAACCUCCGCGAGGGCUGGCUCACUCGCGUGCUUGGUCACAAUACUGUUGCUCUAUGUUAUUUCCAUGACACAAACAAGGGCAACUUCCACCAAUCGAUACUUCGACUUCAAGGAUUCCAGUGGUCGCGACAAACCCGGCCUCUCGCUUGCUCCAAUCACCAUGACCACUGCGCCCCUAUGCUGCCGAAGCUUCGCCCUCGAAAACUGACCAAAUUCUGGAACAAUUUCUACGGCCGUGCAAUAUCAUUCGGCAAAAGUCGAGACAGGGAAACUUCGGAUAGCAUGCUGCCGUAUCCAUUCUUGAGGUCGGCGAACAGACGCGGGAUGAGCCUGAAGGCUAUGUCGACAUCGGAUCAACCGCUUAGGCCGUGUCAGAGGCUUCCAGUUCGAGAGCACCGAACAACACUGCAUUUACCCCCUUUGGCGUGCACUAUGCGAGAAGCAAUCUCAAGCAUGUCCAUAUUCAUCAGAGCUAAAUCCUCUCUGAAUCCCAUGUCAGCGCAUCUCUGCGACAGUGGGGCAGUGCGGGCUCAUAACGCUGCAAAGUCUACGACCACCUCAAAGAUCAAAUGCCCAACUUCCUCGUCUUGGCAUCACGGCCCUCCCAUUGGCAAUAAUGCGGCGAUCGACAUACCUACUAUUGAAGUUCAAAGUCACGAUGCGUGUGGGGCUGGGAUCGAUACAGAUACUGGAUACUUCAAAGGCUACUCAGCCAAGGCCUGGCAUAUCCAAAGGGACAAUAGGACUUGUAUGCUUUUCCUCUUUUUGCCAUUUGCCUUUUGCCGAGACCUCCACCGGCAACUACAAUGCUCGCGAGCAUCUUGGCAAAUAGCCCAUGCUUCUGGCAACUCAUCAACGGCCGUUAGGUUUGCCAACACCUUCAAAGUCAACAAUGUGGACCAACUCAAAAAGAAAGACAAAAUACCUAAUCACGAACAAACCUACACAGCUCUAUGGAGUAUUUACCAGCAAGGUGCAGGCACAGUCGAUGACGGUAGGCAGACUUACUUCCCCGUGACUUCGCGGUUCGCCCAGCCGGAGCCCUCGGUCUCGCGACGCGGCCAUGGUUCUGCAGUAGGCACAAUCGCGCGGGGCAUGGCCCAUGGCCCUUGGGAGAGCAGGGCCAGGCGUACGCAGUAUGCGACAGGCUCACGGCACGCCGCCGCACCACGGCGUUGGGCAAAAGCUGACAGGCGCACUGAACACUUGCUCUUUGGUGAAUAA